UAUCGAAAAUGCCCAUGCAUGUUGAUGUUAGGGUUAAUGAAAGGAAAAGGUACAUCUUUUGUUCCAACAUCAAUAUUCCCAUUGCUUUAGCUCAAAUUUCAUGAUUCCUUCCCUCAUUUUUCGUUGAUCCCCAUCACCCAUUUCAUCUCUCUCUAAACAAUCAACCUCCUUUAAUUUGUAGUGCAAUACACCCACAAAAAUUCCCAAUUCUAAACACCAUAUAUCUCCAUAAUUGUGCGUAUACGGAUUUCUAAUCUUGUUUGAGACCAAGUCUUUUGAGAAUGGCUGAAAACGAUGCACCAACUGAAAACAACGUUCCCUCUGGUGAUAAUAGUAAACCUCCAGAAAACGAGAAUGAAAUAUCAAUUGAUGCAUUGGCAAAGAAGGUCCAAGAGUCUCUCUCCCUUUCGAAGAGGCAUAAGUUUUGGGAAACCCAACCUGUUGGCCAGUUCAAGGAUCUCGGAGAUACGAGCCUACCUGAAGGCCCAAUUGAACAACCAACACCACUGUCCGAAGUCAAACAAGAGCCAUAUAAUCUUCCAGGUCCUUAUGAAUGGAUUACAUGUGAUUUAGAUUCUGAGGAGGUGUGCAAUGAGGUGUAUGCUUUGUUGACCAAUAAUUAUGUUGAGGAUGACGAGAACAUGUUCAGAUUCAAUUACUCAAAGGAGUUUCUUAGAUGGGCACUUCGUCCUCCUGGUUAUUUCCGAAGCUGGCACAUUGGAGUGAGGGUGAAAAGUUCAAAAAAGUUGGUUGCGUUUAUUACUGGGAUUCCUGCUAAAAUCCGAGUCCAUGAUGCUGUUGUGUUGAUGGCGGAGGUAAAUUUUCUGUGCGUUCACAAGAAGCUUCGAUCAAAAAGACUUGCUCCUGUCAUGAUUAAAGAGGUUACACGAAGGGUUCAUUUGGAGAAUAUCUGGCAGGCGGCUUAUACUGCUGGUGUUGUCCUCCCUACACCAAUAACAACUUGUCAGUAUUGGCACAGAUCUUUGAAUCCAAAGAAGCUUAUCGAUGUUGGGUUUUCCAGGCUUGGUGCAAGGAUGACAAUGAGCCGAACAAUAAAGUUGUACAAGUUACCAGAGCAGACAGCAACUCCUGGGUUCAGAAAGAUGGAACCUCAUGAUGUUCCGGCUGUUACUCGUUUGCUCAGGAAUUACUUGAAGCAAUUUGUUGUUGCACCUGAUUUUGAUGAGAAUGAUAUUGAGCACUGGCUGCUGCCAAAGGAAGAUGUUAUUGAUAGUUAUUUAGUCGAAAGUCCGGAAACUCAUGAAAUCACUGACUUCUGCAGUUUUUACACUCUUCCCUCUUCUAUACUUGGUAACCAAAACCAUUCCAUCCUAAAGGCUGCAUACUCUUACUAUAACGUGGCCACAAAGACUCCUUUACUUCAGCUAAUGAAUGAUGCUCUCAUUGUUGCCAAAAAGAAGGACUACGAUGUCUUCAAUGCUUUGGAUGUUAUGCAAAAUGAGACUUUCUUGAAGGAGCUGAAAUUUGGACCUGGAGAUGGGAAACUUCACUACUAUCUCUACAACUACCGGCUAAGGCAUGUACUGAGACCAUCAGAGCUUGGGCUUGUGCUCUUAUAGGUUGAGAUCCGGAUUUGAUUGUGCACUCCAGAGCAAGUCAUUUUUUGUAUGAGUGAGCUCUUAUGAGUUCAUGGAUGGACAAACUAUCCUUUUAUAAUUCCCACCCUCUGUGUUAGUCUUUUGACUUGGUUUAAAACCAAAGUAGAUGAAUUUGUAACUGAACAUUUGUACUAAGUUUUUGGGCACUUUUAUCUGUUGUUGUCUAGUCUCAAAUUGGGUUGGU